AUGUUUGUACCUCUCUCGUUGACAAACACACUGACGGAAGAAAUUUUGUGGAAGAACGAAACUCCCAAUAGCGCGUUUUACACGAGACCAUUAGCUCUUAUUGCGGAGAAGGAGAGUGUGGACUUGAUUCGAUUUAUCAAUGAAACUUUCGAAGUUCAAGAACAAGAUUUACGGGAGAAUAAAAUUGAAUUUGUACAUGGUGAUAAAAAAUAUGAAAUUUCUGUUGCAAUAGAGGACAGUAUGAAAGACCUCAAAGUACGAACAAUGGAAUCUGGACUUGGCGGUGCUUAUUGCCUCAUGUGUGAAACGCAUCAUACAGUGUAG